AUGGUGGUUCGGAGGCUCAUCGAGGAAAUUGCUGUGGCGGCUAACGAGGGGACCUACGGUAUGACGUGUUUUGAUAUUGUGCAUGCUUACACCAGAGUGUGUCGUGAUGCGUUGUGGUCUCUCCUCUCCCGACUGGGUGUGCCGGCUUCCUUUGUCCAGGUGUUGAAAGCGUUGCAUGAGCAUACCCGUUUCAAGGUCUUCGUUCACAACGGGUACUCGUCGGAGUGGUUGACGGAUCGAGGCCUGCGUGAAGGAUGCGGAGCCGAGCAAUCUGCAACCGGGUAUCCGUGGAAGUUUAAGGUGGAUGGUCACCUCACCCGCCCGGAUCGAGCGCGUCACUCGUCUAGGGGCAUUCGGGAAAUCGUCAUUGGAGAUGUGGAGUUCGCGGAUGACACUGCUCUCUUCGGUGAGGUGGAGGAAUUGCAUCAGGCGGAGCAAAUCUUCAUCCAGACGUUACGGGAUUGGGAGCAACAGGAACAUCCGGACAAAAGGGAAAACUUGUUCUUACCCCGCGAGGUAGACGUCCCAUGGAUGUUCUCAACAUCUUCGAAAAACGCUUGCUGA